GCGCCGACGGUGGUCCUGCAGCCCGGCGGGUCGGGCAGCAUUCACAGAUCUUACCUGACUUCAGUUUCCAUUGCUAUGGAGACUACAAAUGGGACUGCUACCUUGUACGAGAGCCUGCACGCUGUGCUGAAGGCUCUAAAUGCUUCUCUUCACAGCAACUUGCUGUGCCGGCCAGGACAAGGGCAAGGGUCAGGACCAGAACCCAACAAGCAGACCGAGACACUGCAGGUUGGCCUCCCUGGCCGCAAUGACAACUCCUACAUGUACAUUCUCUUUGUCAUGUUCCUUUUUGCGGUCACUGUCGGCAGCCUCAUCCUGGGAUACACCCGUUCCCGCAAAGUGGACAAGCGUAGUGAUCCAUAUCAUGUAUACAUCAAGAACCGUGUGUCAGUGAUCUGAUGUGAAGUGGCUGGGCAUGAUGGGAAAUUCAAAACACCUGAGGAUUGUUUCUUGGGCCUCCAGAGCUCAGCAAUGGACCACAUCAGGCCUCCUGUCUCCCUCUAUAAUAGCCACAAGAAACAGUGCAAAGAGAAGUCAUCAUUAGCACUUAGUAGGACUGGGUCUUGUGCAUAAGACUUUCUUCAGACACAGGAAGACAUCAUAAAAAGUGGGAGCCCAUAAACAAAGAAGUACAACAAAGGCCUUGUUGUGGUAGCAUACGCUGCAAUAUCAGCUACUCGGGAGGUAUAUAGUUCAAGGCUGUCCGGGAAAAAUUAAUGAAAUCCAAUCUUAAAAACAAAAUUA